AUGGAACAUGAGAAGUGCUAUGUGUUCAAGCCGCACGAGGAACGGCCGGCAAAGAGGAGGCGGGUCACCGCGCUGAGUGAAAACCCAUCCUGGCAGCUUCGGAAUCAGACGUGUCGGGAGCUGUGGGCAGUACAACAACAACAACGCAUUGAUGAAGUUCUCACGGACGUCAAUCGAACGACGUUGGAUGGCAUCAUCGACUUCGUGUCUGGAACCCCUGCCUCAAAAGACCAAGGGUCCAAAAUCCCGACCGGGCUGGUGGUCGUCGGACCAAGCAUCGCUUCGCAUGCUCAAUUCUUCGACAGUCUGGCCAAAAGAACGACCCAAGAGGCAAACAGCGUUUUUGUCACGCUGACCUCGGGCGACUGCCCGAAUCUAAAAACCCUAUUGAAGACUCUGAUCAGGAAAGGCACAUCAGCAGAAGAUUUAGACGGCGAUGAGCUGGUCUCCACCAGACGAAAGGGGCCCAAGUUGCUGAAUUACGAUCUUCAAUUGCUGCACGAAUGGUGCAAAGAGCAGGAGCCUACGCACGUGGUAGUGGCGAUCCAGGACAGCGAGGCUUUCGAGGGAUCCUUGCUGGCCGAGGCUAUCCAGCUGUUCCAGUCAUGGUUGGACCGGAUACCUUUUUUGUUGCUAUUUGGAAUUGCCACGUCCACCGAGGGCUUCGAAGAAAAGCUCCCUGGUGCCGCCAUCAGGUGUCUCCAAGGCGAAAAAUUUGACGUUGUGCAAGCAGACCAAGUCCUAGAGCAGGUCUUUCACACCGUAGUCAGCGGUGAACAGUCUCUUUGGAUGGGUGCGGGCUUGAGCAGCAGACUCCUUGACAGGCAAAAAGACCACAUUCAGAGCGUUGAAGCCUUCGUGGAUGCCUUCAAGUACGCAUACAUGUGCCACUUCUACGCAAACUCACUCAGCAUCUUUCUCCGAAAAGACCUCAGUUACGAGCAAAUGUCCAGUGAUGAUCUGGAAGCACUGCGAAACCUCGACUCCUUCCGGCGUCUAGCAGAAGACCUGGUAGAUAAAGGAGAGACCAUGACCGUUCGUGAUUUGCUCGAAUCUGACGAGGUUUUGUUUCAAUAUACUGUUAAGGAGACCAGGGAAUUUCAAUCGAAGAUCCGCGACUUGAUCGAUGCGGUUGAGCUUAUCGGAAUUCUGAAAGGAUGCGUACCAAAGAGUUCCAUCGUCUCCUUUUCCUCGCUCUAUGUACGCGCAGUCUCGGGAGAGCUUCAGGGCUCACCGCUUGUCCGCGAACUUCUCUUGUCAGUGAAGAAGUCACCCUCGGACGUGCUGUCAAAGAUACUGUCCUGCUUAAACGACAGUGCCCUAUGCACUAAGGUUCAGGCACUUCAGCGAGACCUUGACGAGCUCCUCUCCACCGCUGAGCAUCCGGAACAACCUCUUCGCAGCAAACACGAUGUCCACAACGAAACACUUCGGACGACGAUAGUAGCGCAGAAGGUUGAGCUUAGCAAGCAAAAGUCGAAGCUCUCCAAAAAAGACACCGCUUACUCGAAAAUUGUGGAACAACUGCACAGCACGCUGGACGAGUAUUUCAAGAAGACGCUGAUUCAGCCCAAAGACUACUUUUUGCAUGAAAUCGUCUUGUAUGACCUGAAGAGUCCACACGUAGAUGUCUUCACUCCAAGACCGAGGUUUGCCGUGGAACGCGCUCUAUCGGCACCACACGACUAUUUGAAUUGCAGUUGUUGUGCUACGUCGAAGGGCAACGGCGCUGCCGGGGGCUCUCUUGCUUCAUCCCAACCCCCGGUUGCAAUCUUGUAUCAGCUAUACCUAGAAUCCGGCAGCUUGAUCAACGUCAAUGAUCUGUGGCUAGCUUUCAAUGCCAUCAUCAACGAAGAUGAUGAGGACGAGGAAAUGGCUAUGGCGUUGUUCCAGCGCUCGCUUGCUGAAAUGAAGUACCUGGGACUUAUAAAAUCUAGCAGGAAGAAGACCGACCACGUUGCAAAGGUGGCGUGGAAAGGGCUAUAG